CUUCUUCCGCCACCAUGCAAGGCUGGGUAGCAUACGCAUAUUAUCCCUCCAUGGCGGGGGCGGUAAUCAUGAUCCUGCUGUUCCUGAUUGCCACACUGAUCUUCAUCUAUCAGCUCAUUCGCACUCGUGCCUGGCUGACCAUUGCUGCUUUGAUCGGAGCACUGUUUGAAGUCAUCGGAUACUGCGGUCGCGCGUUGUCUGGCCAUCAAUCGCCCGACUGGACUCUGGGUCCAUACAUAAUCCAAAGCACGUUGCUCCUGGUUGCUCCAGCGCUGUUCGCUGCGACUAUCUACAUGAUCCUCGGUCGCAUAAUCCUGCUGGUCCGCGGAGAGCACCACUCGAUCAUCCGACUGAAAUGGUUGACCAAGAUCUUUGUUAUCGGCGACGUCCUCUCCUUCAUGAUGCAAGCGUCCGGCGCCGGCCUCAUGGUCAAGUCCAAGUCCGCCACCGACCACACGGGCGAAAACGUAAUCGUCGGAGGUCUGGUGGUGCAGAUCCUCUUCUUCUGCUUCUUCAUCACGGUGGCUGUCAUCUUCCAGCGCCGGAUCUAUCGCCAUCCCACUGUGCGGUCCGAGUCGCCGUCGAUCCCGUGGCGGAAGCACUUCUUCUCGCUCUACGCGAUGAGCUUCCUGAUCCUGAUCCGGUCCAUUGUGCGGUUCAUCGAGUACAUCCAGGGCCAGCAGGGGUACGUGAUCACGCAUGAGGCGUUCAUCUACGUGUUCGACGCAGUGCCGAUGUUUUUGACGCUGUGUAUCCUCGUUGUGGUUCACCCGAGUGAGAUUAAUGGAUUGUUGGGCAAGUCGCGGGUGGCAGCAGUGGGCAAUGGGCUGAGAUUCAAGGACAUGUCGCCGGCUGUGUAA